GCGCUGGGUAUCCGUGCUGCCCUAAGUUGAGCUCCGUACCACGGCCCUGGGCCGCCCGCCCAUUUCUCUCACCCCCAGCCGAUGCCUCAACACCCCGAGAGGCAGCUCGUCCCCCAGUGGGCUCCCGAGCUCGUCGUCCUCUCCUACGCCAUCUCCUGGCUCGGCGCGUACACGAGCACCCAAAUUGUCAUCCAUGCCAAGUAUACCCGCAAUUCUCUGGCAAAAUGGCUCUGGACACUGCUGGCGAGCCUUGCGUUUGGGUUCUGCGCAAUCUGGUCGAUGCAUUUUGUGGGGAUGCUCGCCUGUGGGCUAGACAUCGAGAUUGGAUUCGACCCCUCCCUAACGGCUCUCUCUGCAGUCGUCGCAGUCGUAUUCACCUUCGCGGCCCUGUCCAGCGGAUACGUUACGAAUGUCAUCGAGAAGUCACGGUUCGCCCAUGCAGUUGUAACCUUUUUCCGAACACUACGCCGAUGGAUAUUCUCAUGUUGCCCGAAGUGGGACAUAGAGGCUGGCUACGAACAGCUCAGUGCUGAGGAGGACGAGCAGCACCCGCGCGCGUCGCAGGAGGCCGCAUCGCAGCAAGAAGAGGAGGACAACAAUGACCCCGAGAUGGACUU